AUGUUCGGCAAUUCAAGAAUUCGUCGUGAAGGUCAAGGCGUUCAUAACCGUGAUCCUGUCGCUGACCUCUUGAGAAAGUUGAAAGCUUCCAAGACACUUCAACAUAUAACAAAUAUAACAAACACCUCAAAAAUAAUGGCACCAAGCUUAGAAGACACCUCAGUCAGCAAUGGCGUAGAUAGUUAUGCCAAGAGCCCUGCAACACGGGUCGUCAUACCCACUCCAAUACAUCCAACUCGAUCCCUACAAUUUCUAGAGAAAUUAAAUGGCGAAGGGAAUAACACCACUCACCAUCCUCUACAAGCCAAAGUCAAACUUCGGGUUGGCAUUGUAGGCGCAGGGUUAGGUGGUCUGUCAUGCGCAAUAGCUCUGGCUCGGCGAGGUCAUGAAGUUGUAGUCUUUGAGCAAGCUACCAAACUAGGAGAGGUUGGAGCAGGCAUACAAAUACCCUCGAAUUCAGCCCGUCUGCUCCAGUCUUGGGGUCUUGAACCAUUUUUGGGUCCACAUGUCGUGGAACCAGAUGGAAUGACAUUCCGCCGUUGGGAGAAUGGGGAUCCCAUAGGUUACACGAAGCUAGUACCGGAUUUCCGAGAGAACUUCAAGGCACCAUACUAUGUAGUGCAUCGAGCUCAUUUCCAUACGGCACUAUAUGAGAGAGCUUUGGAGCUAGGUGUCACGGUGAAAGUUGCGAGUCGUGUCGAGGAGUAUGAUACAGCUGCCCCGAGUCUCAAACUGGCUAAUGGAGAGGAAUUUAAUGCCGAUCUGAUUGUGGCCGCUGAUGGGGUCAAAUCUGCUGCCAGGAAAUUAGUACUUGGAGGCAAAGAUGCUCCAGUCCGAUCAACCGGCUUUGCUGCGUAUAGGGCCACAGUUGAUGUCGAGAAAAUGAAAGCAGACCCGGAACUUUCCUGGUUACUCGAGAAGCCAUCUCUCAAUAUCUGGAUUGGCGAAGACCGUCACGUCAUGACGUACACCAUUGCUGCGGGCAAGUCUUUUAACAUGGUCCUUUCCCACGUUGAUGCGACGGAUCCCUUGACCUGGAAGCCAGAAACCGCUAUCCCCGACAUGCGCAGGGAGUUCUCGGGUUGGGACUCACGGUUGGUCAAAAUCAUCAACAUGAUCGAGAAAACUAUUAAAUGGCCGUUGUUAUCUGGUCCUGCUUUGAAGACCUGGAUUGCGCCAGGCAAGAAAGUCCUGAUCAUGGGCGAUGCUGCACAUGCGAUGGUGCCAUACAUGUCACAGGGAGCGGCGAUGGCAGUUGAAGACGGUGGUGCACUUGCUACAGUUUUGUCACUUAUCGAUGAUGCAAGUGAGAUCCCAGCAGCUCUUGAAUCUUUUGAGAAAGAGCGAAUCAAGAGAGGGGGUGCAAUGCAACAGGCAAGCUUGCUUAAUGGGAAGCUGUGGCAUUUCGCCGAUGGUCCUGAGCAGAGGCUAAGAGACGAAUCCAUGAGGCCGGAGGUGGAGGGGAGGAGCUUCAGCUGGAGUGCGAACCAGUGGAGUGACCCGGUUACGCAGUGGUGGGCAUAUGGGUAUGAUGCAGAAGAAGAAAUGGAGAUAGCUUGGGCGAGGGACCAGGAAUCGACCAAGAGUUAUUGA